CUCUAUUUCUUCGAUACAACCAAAGCGCGCUCUCUCUCUCUCUCCUCAAUUCCUCCGCCAAAAAUUCAACAACCAUCGAUAUCUCCAACCUCCAAAAUACUCAUCACUCCCAUUCUCUUCAAAACUCUCUCUCUCUCAAAAUCUCCAAUUCCUCUCUUCUCUCUCUCUCUGCAACAAUGGCUCAAGUCGUCGCCACCCGAUCCAUUCAAACCUCCUUACUCUGCCCUAACUCUCGAUCCCUACACCUCAAUCCUUCAACUCUCGUCUCCAGAGUCUCCUUCGCACGUGAGAACAACACCACCACCACCACCGCCUCUCGCAUUGUGGCAAUGAGAUCCGCACGUGCCGAGCCCGAGCUCAUUCCCGUCUCACCCGAAGAUGUACCAAAGAGAGUGGAGCAAUUUGAGCACGUAGAUGUUCAGGAACUGCUCGACAAUCCGGUGGGGUCGAUGUGGUUGAAGCCGAUAGUGAGGCGAAAGACGAAGAUCGUUUGCACGAUUGGGCCUUCGACGAACACGAGGGAGAUGAUAUGGAAGCUCGCUGAGGCUGGAAUGAAUGUUGCGAGGAUGAACAUGUCGCACGGGGACCACGCGUCUCAUCAGAGAGUCAUAGACUUGGUUAAGGAGUACAAUGCACAGAGCAAAGACAAUGUCAUUGCUAUCAUGCUUGACACCAAGGGCCCUGAAGUUAGGAGUGGGGACCUGCCCCAACCAAUCAUGUUGACAAGUGGGCAAGAAUUCACUUUUACGAUUCGGAGAGGAGUUGGCUCAGCGGAUUGUGUUAGCGUGAACUAUGAUGAUUUUGUUAAUGAUGUAGAAGAGAAUGACAUGCUUCUUGUUGAUGGUGGUAUGAUGUCGUUGAUGGUGAAAUCCAAGACAGAAGAUUCAGUGAAAUGUGUAGUCGUUGAUGGAGGAGAGCUCAAGUCUAGGCGUCACUUAAAUGUUCGAGGAAAGAGUGCAACACUACCUUCCAUCACUGAGAAGGAUUGGGAUGAUAUCAAAUUCGGAGUGGACAACAAAGUUGAUUUUUAUGCCGUCUCCUUUGUUAAAGAUGCACAAGUAGUUCAUGAAUUGAAGAAUUAUCUGCAAAGCUGUGGUGCAGAUAUACAUGUCAUUGUCAAAAUUGAAAGUGCAGACUCUAUCCCAAAUUUGCAUUCCAUUAUCACAGCAUCUGAUGGGGCAAUGGUUGCAAGAGGAGACCUUGGUGCAGAGCUCCCUAUUGAGGAGGUUCCACUUCUGCAGGAAGAGAUAAUCAGGAUCUGCCGUAGCAUGGGGAAGGCUGUUAUUGUGGCAACAAAUAUGCUGGAAAGCAUGAUUGUACACCCAACACCAACCAGAGCGGAGGUAUCAGACAUUGCCAUUGCUGUCCGAGAGGGUGCUGAUGCAGUCAUGCUUUCUGGUGAAACUGCUCAUGGAAAGUUCCCUUUGAAAGCUGUGAAAGUCAUGCACACAGUUGCAUUACGGACUGAGGCUACAAUAUCAGGCGGUGAAAUGCCAGCUAAUCUUGGUCAAGCUUUCAAGAAUCAUAUGAGCGAAAUGUUUGCUUACCAUGCAACCAUGAUGUCUAACACUCUUGGAACCUCAAUUGUUGUCUUCACCAGAACUGGUUUCAUGGCUACUCUACUGAGCCACUAUCGGCCUUCUGGCACUAUUUUUGCUUUUACAAAUGAGAAGACUAUUCAACAGAGGUUGGCAGUGUAUCAAGGAGUCUGUCCUAUCUACAUGCAAUUCUCAGAAGAUGCUGAAGAGACAUUUUCAAAUGCCUUAGCUUUAUUACGGCAAGGGAUGGUGAAGGAAGGAGAAGAGGUAGCACUUCUCCAGAGUGGAAGACAACCCAUCUGGCGGUUCCAAUCUACCCACAAUAUCCAGGUCCGGAAAGCGUAGAUGCCUGUGAUUAUUUUGAACUGUCAGGGCACUCGAAUCUGUUCUGGGGUUUCCCUCUGAUGGAUAGACGUGAAUUUUGCUUGCAUUAUUAUUUAUGUGUAUUUCAUGGUUCCACUUGCUUCUCUUUGGUGCUUUGUUCUGUUUUGUUUUUGGUAGAAUAAUGCUUUUUAAAUUUCCUGAUAUAUGUUCAGAAAUCUAUAGAGCUUGCCGUUUUAUCUUGUUAAA